AUGCUCUCUAGAGUAGCUCAGGCCUCUCGGCUGGGGCUGACGGUCGGCCGCCUACCACGAGCUGCGGCCCUGCAGCCUCUCCGGAUUCGCCCAGCGACAGCAGCCCCAGCGUAUCAGCUCCUCCGAGCCUAUGCGAGCAACAAGCCGAGCUCUGCGCAGCCGCCCAAAGACACCCAGAAGCAGGCCUCAUCAACACCGAAAGUCCCCGCCGCCGAAAGCUCAUCAGCGCCAGAGGGCAAUGUUGCCUCGCAGAAGCCCGCCGAGUCUGCCGAGCCUGAGCCCAUCCCCUUUCACAAGCUGCCCGAUCUCACGCAGGGUAUUCCUUCAACAUUAGAGGCCGAACUUGAGCAGAGAGCGGGCAAGUCGCAGUCGCAGUCGCAGUCAGCACUGGAGGUUGGCGCCGAGGAGGAAGCCGCCGGUGGUGGCCGAGGCCGUGGAGGAAGAGAAGAGUAUGUCUCUACCAGCGAGCGCAACCGCAAGUGGUGGACUCGCUUCAUGCUGGCCGUUGCUGGCUCGGGAUCGGCUCUUAGCAUUGCAUACAUGGGUCGCAACUGGGAGGACUCCAUCGAAGCCGACCGCCACCCGGAUAUUCCCAACGGCUGGACCCCUCUUCUGUGGUGGCAGCGCACCAAGGCGCGAUGGGGCGAGUCUGUUUCUUACUACCAGGACCCAGCGUUUCAGAAGCUGCUACCUGAUCCCGACCCCAGCUUCGAGCGACCCUACACCCUCUGCCUCAGCCUGGACGACAUGCUCAUUCACAGCGAAUGGACUCGUGAGCAUGGCUGGAGAGUCGCCAAGCGUCCCGGCAUGGACUACUUCAUCCGAUACUUGAGUCAGUACUACGAGCUGGUUCUCUUUACUACACAGCCUUUUGGCAUGGCAGAACCAGUUGUCCGAAAGCUGGACCCUUUCCGCUUCAUCAUGUGGCCUCUGUAUCGCGAGGCGACCAAAUACGAGGACGGAGAGAUUGUCAAGGACCUCUCGUACCUCAACCGUGAUCUUUCCAAAGUUAUCAUCCUCGACACCAACGCCUCCCACGUCCGCAAACAGCCCGAGAACGCCAUUGUUUUGAACCCCUGGAAGGGUGAGGCCGGCGACAAGGAGCUUGUGGCUUUGAUUCCCUUCCUCGAAUAUAUCCACACCAUGCAGUACUCGGACGUGCGAAAGAUUCUCAAGUCCUUUGAAGGAAAGCACAUUCCCACCGAAUUUGCCCGCCGAGAAGCCAUUGCUCGAAAAGAAUUCAACAAGAAGCUUGCUGAAAAGAAGGGCCAUGGAAAGCCAUCAGGCAUGGGUGCGCUCGGCGGCCUGCUGGGUCUGAAGCCCAGCAAGAUGAGCAUGACUGUGCCCAUUGACGGAGAGCAGGAUCCUAGCGAGGCUUAUGCGCAGGGCAAGAUGAUCCAGGACAUUGCUCGCGAACGCGGUCAGCGAAACUACCAGGCCCUGGAGAAGGAGAUCCGCGAGAACGGCGAGAAGUGGCUCAAGGAGGAGCAGCAGGCCAUGGAGAAGGCCCAGCAAGAGAUGAUGAACAGCAUGAUGGGCAACUUCUCUGGCAUGUUUGGAUCCAAGAAG